AUGGGAGGGAGGCACGAGGCGGAGGCGGACGGCGGAAAGGCCGGGGGCUACUCUUCCUCCGGCCUCCCGCCGUCGGAGCCGCCGCACCUGAAGGGCCAGCCGCCGCAGGAGUACGGGUACGGCACGUUCCAGGGCCCUCGGCAACCUCCCGUCGGGUUCCCGCAGCCUGCCCCGCCUCCCGGGUUCGGCGGCGGCGGCGGCGGCUAUCACCAGCAGCAGCCCUACGCGCCCGCGGAGCCGUACUACGCCCAGGGGUACCAGGCCGUGCCAGAUUCCACGUGA